AUGAUUAUGAUUUCACCAUUUCUGGUAAAGUGUAGUUUUAAAGAGAAGUCAUAUUCAAAUGGGGAUGUAUACAUUGGUAAAUUCAAGGGUAAAGUUUUCCAUGGCAUUGGAAAGUACACAUGGUCAAAUGGAACAAUAUAUGAGGGCGAUUGGGUUGAUGGAAAAAGGACAGGGAAAGGACUUAUGAUAUGGCCAUCAGGAAUAAAGUAUGAAGGUGAAUUCGUUACAAAAUUGAACGACAACGUCAAACUAUUUCACGACAACAAAAAGUACAUAUGGUCAAACAGAACAAUAUAUGAGGGUGAUUGGGUUGAUGGAGCAAUGACAGGGAAAGGAGUAAUGACAUGGCCAUCAGGAACAAAGUAUGAGGGUGAAUUCUAUGAGAGUUACCUUCACGGUCAAGGCACCUUAACAAAAGCGACUAGUUGUGUUUACACAGGUGGUUGGAGGAUGGAUGCUUAUCGCAGAAUUGGACAAGUAGUCCAUUUCAGUUCAGGUACUUAUGAUGGUUCGUGGAAAGAAGGAAUUCCCGAAGGAAAUGGAAAGUUUACUUGGAAAAAUGGAAGUAUCUACAAAGGAAAUUUGAAAAAAGGGAAUAUAAAUGGAAAAGGGAUUAUGAUGUGGGCUAAUGGUGAUAUAUUUGAUGGUUUUUGGUCAAAUGGACUUAAACAUGGAUGUGGAGUUUAUAUAUUUGCAAAUGGAAGAGUUUAUGUUGGGACAUGGAGUAAGGGUCUAAAGGAUGGAAAAGGAACAUUCUAUUAUCCUUAUGGUAGUAAACAAUCAUCUCUACUUAAGAAGUUGUGUGCUGUCCUUAGUUGUAAGGUUCCAAAAACAAGAGUUAACCCUAGUCUCUCAAAAAAGGCACCAAUUAGUGGUAGAUCAAAAGAUUCACGCCCUUUUUCUCACAAGAUCUUUAAUGAAGACCAAUCUAAGACAUUUGAUAUGAGUUGUGUGGUUUAUGAAAGGGAAUAUAAGGAAGGUUUAGAGAAUAAGGAUAGAAAAAUCGGAGGAGUAAUGGAGAUCGUAGGAAACCUAGCAACGUGGGGAUUUAUGAAGUGGGCUAAUGGUGGUAAUGUUUUUGAUGGAAUAAGACAUGACAAUGGAAAGUACACGUGGUCAAAUGGAACAAUAUAUGAAGGUGAUUGGGUUGAUGGAAAAAUGGCGGGAAAAGGGUUGAUCAUAUUUCCAUCAGGAAAUAAGUAUGAGGGUGAAUUCUCUGGGAAUUUGUAUCAUGGUAAAGGCACCCAUACUUGGAAGGAUGGGAGAAUCUACAUUGGAGAUUGGGAAAAGAAUAAAAUGAAUGGAAGAGGGAUUAUGAAGUGGGCAAAUGGUGAUGUUUUUGAUGGUUGUUGGUCAAAUGGACAUAGACAUGGAAACGGAAAGUUCAUGUGGUCAAAUGGAAGAAUCUAUGAGGGUGAUUGGGUUGAUGGAAAAAUGACAGGGAAAGGAAUGAUCAUAUCGUCGUCAUCAGGAAAUAAGUAUGAGGGUGAAUUCUUUGGGAAUUUCCGUCAUGGUAACGGGACACAAACUUGGACGGAUGGAAGUAUCUACAUUGGAAAUUGGACAGAAGAUAAAAUGGACGGGAAAGGGAGUAUGAAGUGGGCUAAUGGUGCUGCUUAUGAUGGUUGUUGGUCAAAUGGACAUAGACAUGGAUUUGGAGUUUGUAGAUUUGCCAAUGGAGGAAUUUAUGUUGGGACAUGGAGCAAAGGCCUAGAGGAUGGAAAAGGAACAUUCUACUAUCCUUAUGAAAAAGUCAGUGGUAGAUCGAAAAGUUUGCAUCAUUCAUCUCACAAGAUUUCGAUACUGGAUGAAAAUUUUCGUGAUUCCGCAUCCACAUUAUUGCAGACCGCCGAUGAAGGUCGAUCUGAUGCAUCAAGUAUGAGUUAUAAGGUUGUGGAAAUGGAAUAUGUGCUAGGAGUUCUAAUUAGGAAGAGAACUCUACAGUAUUUAGAAAUAACACAUGAUAAGAACAAAAGACAAGAUAAAUUUAGUGCGAAGCAAGUAAAAAAGAGUUCAGGUAUACGGACAUUUUUGAAGACAAUCAAAUCUAUUUUCUGAAGCUUAAUUUGCAACUUGACAUCAGGUUGAUGUUAAAGGGUGAUCUCACUGACAUAUAUACUUAACACUACCAAUGAACAUGAUGAGGAGAGGACCGAUUCAUACAGGAGAAUUUCACAUCAAGUUUAACUCUAUUCAACAGUUUCAAUUUCUAGAUUUCAUUAUUCAAUAGCACUAGUUCUCAAAACAUCUUAAUUUGUUACUGUUUAAUGUAUUUCUCGUAUUAUAUUGGUAGUUGUUAAAAACAUCUCAGCUUGUUGAGUG